AUGAAUUUCUACUUCCUAUUCGUUUUCCUAGCCAUUUUUGCUUGGGCUGGAAACACCGACGCUACCGAGACUGCCGUAGGUGGUACUGAGACCAAGCCAAAACCGCCAGCAACUGGAACAGCUGGGGAGCACAAAAAAGGAAAAGGAGCAAAAAAUCACAAGAAAGGAGCCGGGGGCAAGAAGAAGGAAGGAGCUGCUGCUGGACAUGCCUAAAAUUUCAGUUUUUUUUUUGCAAUAAAUAUUUUUCAAAUUG